UCACCCCCCCUUAUUGCAACAAUCCACCCCCCACCCUCGUUUCUCACAGUGGGCGAUCUCCCUUCCAAGUCUGACCCCAACGCCGCCGGGAAAAAAGAAUCUCCGCCACCACCUUCUUCUAACCGAACCCCUAACCCUAGCCGUCUAUUCGAUCCAGAGAUAGGAUUAGGGUUUGCUCUUCGCGUGGGUGAUGGCGCAGAACGGCGCGGACUUCCACCUCCCGGACGAGAUCCUCUCGGUGAUCCCCACCGACCCCUACGAGCAGCUGGACGUCGCCCGCAAGAUCACCUCCAUGGCGAUCGCCUCUCGGGUCACGAGGCUCGAGGACGAGGCCCGCCGGCUGCGUCAGAAGAUCUCGGAGCGGGAUCGGUUGAUCUCCGAGCUCCAGGACAGGCUCGACCACCUCGAUCGCAAGGUCCAUGAUUCCGACGCCCGCCUCCGGGCUGCUCUCGAGGAGAAUGCUAAACUUUCUAAGGAACGUGAUAUGCUGGCGUUGACUUCGAAGAAACUCGGGAGGGAUUUGGCAAAGUUGGAGACGUUCAAGAGGCACCUGGUUCAGUCACUACAUGAUGAUAGUAUGCCUGAACAAUCAGAAGCAAUUGAUGUAGGGACCUCUGAUGAGCUAGUUGCCAGAAUUCCUUCUUGGAGAGAUGAGGGUUUCACAAGUCACACUGCAUCAGAUCUGGUGAGCAUAUCAUCAGAAAGUGGGGAUUCAACUCAAGAUGUGACAUCAUCAAGGCAUGCUGGACAUCAUUUCUCUAUCACACCAUACAUCACUCCACGGCUGACCCCCAGUACUACACCAAAGGUCUCAUCAACUGGUGGUUCUCCUAGAGGAUUCUCUACUGCAGGAUCAUCGCCCAAAAUGUUGUCUGGUACAACAUCACCAACAAAAUCUCGUUUUGAAGGGCAGUUGACAUUAUCAUCAUUGUAUCCACCAAGUCAGCAAUCCUCAGCAACCAGCCCUCCUCCACACAGGCAUUCCUUAACAGGACGCCCUCGUAUAGAUGGAAAAGAGUUUUUUCGUCAAGCAAGGAGCCGUCUUUCGUAUGAACAGUUUGGGGCCUUUUUGGCAAACAUCAAGGAGUUCAAUGCACAUACGCAAACAUGUGAGGAAACUUUGGCAAAGUCUGAAGAGAUUUUUGGUACAGAGAACAAGGAUCUCUACCUUUCCUUUAAGGGCCUUCUUAAUCGCAACCUACCUUAGACACUAGCUUGAUGUCGCGAGAACUUUGGUCGCACAUGCAGGUAAUAUAUGAACAAAGCCCGAUGGUGCUCUUUCACUCUGGUGACAGCUAUAGUACUGCAAUAAGUUUUCAGGUUGCUGAACAGAGGCCACCGUGAAUCUGGCUCCAAAUUGCCCACUGCAAGCAAUAAUUACAAAGAAAGGCUAUGCAACAUGUACAAAAUGGUUCACCUACCGUCAAAUAAUUGUUGGAUUUGUUGUUUAUAAAUAACUGUGUGCCUUCCUUUGUUAUUGCCAAUUAUUUUUUGCUUCCAUAUAUUUUCUUCUUUGCCACUUAUUUUUAAUCCGUCUUGUAUUUUUUUGUCCCUAUUUUUUGUUUUUAACUACUUGGGACUUAGAUUUUGAGUUAACAUAAAUUCUUU